UUGUCGGGCGAAUGGUGCAACGUAAUCAUGUCGGCCCUCAAGCUGGUUAUCCUGCCAGCGCUCCUGGCGCUUGCCAUUGCGGAGCUGCCUAUUGACGUGCUCGAGGUCCAAGAAACACUCUACAGGAAUGAUGACGUGGAUCCAACUAUUUACCGUAUUCCAGAGGAUUUUGACCCUGUGCAUUACGACGUGGAAAUUAUCCCUUACUUUGAAGAUGAAGGAGAUAAAGAAGCGUUUAGUUUCGAUGGAGUAGUAAGCCUUGAGCUUAAGCCAAUCCGAGACGGACUGACUUCCAUCACCCUGCAAGAAAAUGUACGGUCGAUAAUUUCAGUAGACCUCUUCGACAGUACCGGAUCCCCUAUAGAGUUGAACCAAUUCCUCCCUUUCGAGAGAAUCAGGGAAUACCACUUCCUGAAGAUUAACCUCAGAGAUAAUGCGACCUUGGUCAAUGGAGAUACCUAUGUUGUCAAAAUCGCUUACGUUGGUAAUAUUAACGAAACCCCUCUGUCUCGCGGCGUUUUUAGAGGCAGUUACACAGGCAGCGAUGGACUACUUCACUGGUAUGCGGCUACUCAUUUGCAGCCUGUGAACUCAAGACAGGUGUUCCCAUCUUUCGACGAGCCUGGUUUCAAGUCCACUUUUCGGAUGAUGAUUACUAGGCCUACGCACUUUGGGGAAACCUACUCGAACAUGAGGAUUGCUAGCACCGUGGCUCUCGGAAACCGUAUCAGAGAAGUGUUCCACGUAACUCCCAGAAUGCCAGCUUACUUAGUCUCCUUCCACGUGAGCGAAGAAUUUACCGUCCUGGCUGACAACAACGAUAGAGAAAGACCGUACCGAAUCCUAGGCAGACCAACGGCUGUUGGCCAAGGAGAGUAUGCUUUAGAAGUCGGGCCGCCGAUAACGAAAUGGCUGGAAGAUUAUUUCGGUAUCGAGUACUAUGGAAUGGGAGAAGACAUGAAGAAUGACCAGAUUGCUGUGCCUGACUGGGCUUCUGGUGCUACUGAAAAUUGGGGCUUCGUGAGUUACAGGGAGCUGCGUCUUCUGUAUGAAGAAGGCGAGACUAACGCUUUGGAUAAGAUGUAUAUCGGCACGAUCACAGCGCACGAGCUGGCUCACAAAUGGUUCGGCAACCUGGUCACCUGCAGGUGGUGGGACAACGUGUGGAUCAACGAAGGCUUCGCCAGUUACUUUGAGUAUUUUGCUAUGGAUGGAGUUGAUCCGUCAAUGGAGCUCGCAGACCAAUUCCAAAUCAUGUACGUGCAGUCAGCCCUGUCUACUGAUGCUUCUGCUGCCACUCGCGCCCUGCAGCACACCGUUAACAGCCCCGCUGAAGUCACCAGUCACUUCUCUGGCAUCAGCUACUCUAAGGGUGCUACUUUCCUGUUAAUGCUGAAGUAUUUGUUCACUGAGGAGACUUUCAAGAAGGGAUUGAAUUAUUUCUUGGAAGAUCGGUCUUACGAACACGCCUUCCCUGAACAUCUCUACGAAGCCUUCGCCCGCGCCGUGCAAGAAGAUAGCACUAGCGUGAGCAACAUCAACGUUGAGGAUUUUAUGAAGUAUUGGGUCGACGAGCCAGGAUAUCCCGUGCUUAACGUUGAAGUCAAUACGAAUACCGGCGUCAUUAGCUUAAGCCAGGAACGCUUCUUCAUCAGCGCCACAGCCACUCAAACCGAGCAAGUCUGGCCACUGCCUUUGACCUGGACAACCGGCAGCAACCCUAACUUCGAGAACUUACGACCCUCGCAGAUUAUGACGGGCAAAACCGACACCGUACAAAAGACAGCCGGUGUUGAAGAAUGGGUCAUAUUCAAUAUUCAGCAGAAAGCUGGUCUCUACAGAGUGAACUAUGACACGAACAAUUGGCAGUUGCUGGCAGCCGCGCUGAAGGCCGAUAUCAACUCCAUCCACUACCUGAAUAGAGCUCAAAUCGUCGACGACGUGUUCAGUCUGAUGCGCUCCGAGCGCAUGACCUAUGCCCUCGGCUUGCAAGUGCUGGACUUCUUGAAGGAAGAAACCAACUACUACGUGUGGUACCCGGCCAUCACUGGCUUCAGUUGGCUGAGGAACAGGCUGUUGCAUCUGCCUGCCAUGAGGGAGACCUAUGACGAACUCAUGUACAUCUUCCUGGAUUCCGUGAUCGCCGACCUGGGCUAUGACGUGGUCCCCGGCGAGUCCCUCACCAGGACCUUGAACCGGUUCUUCGUGCUGUCCUUCGCCUGCUCCAUCGGACAUGAGGCCUGCGUCAGCAACGCUCAGGAGAAGUGGAACGCGUUCAAAAAUAAUGGUGUCAGCGUGAACCCGAACCUGCGUCGUCACGUGUUCUGCGAGGGUCUCCGCGCUGGUGACUACCAGGACUGGAACUUACUGUACCAGCGGCGUCUCAGCUCUAACAAUCAGGGCGACGGUGUCGCCAUGCUGCGGGCUCUUGGGUGCACUAAAGAUGAGACGGCUGUCAAAGAAAUGCUGGAGAAGAUCCUCACCGACGACGUCAAGGCCCAGGAUCGAGUGAAUGCCUUCACUUUCCUGUACAUAGGCAACCGAGAGAACGCCAACAUCGCCCUCGAAUUCCUUAAGGAAAGGAUCGAUGACGUCAGAAGAGCAACGGUACUCCCGGCGGCUUUCAACAGCAUACUUUCCAAUCUCGCUGGCUACUUGAAUGAAGAAGGACUUAACGAGAUGGAAGAAUGGCUGCACGCUGAGCAGGCGUCCAUCCCCGAAUACAGCGUAGGCAUCAGCUCCAUCGCCUCGGCCCGCGCCAGCAUGCAGUGGGGAACAGACCGCGCCGACACCAUCAUAACUGCCGUCAGAGGCUCCGCAGCCAUUGCUGUCCCCAGCUUCUUGUUGUUGGUCGCUUCUCUACUAACUCUAUUGAGGAAUUGAAGUUAUCAAGCCUCCUGUGGAUACUGCCCUGCUAA